CAGGUUUAUUUUACCAGGGGCAAUGUCUAAGGCAACACUCAAGAAAAAGGAGACCUCCAGUAAAGUCUCUUUAUCCGAACGACCGACUGAAGCAUCGUCCGUAGGAGCAACUUCCUAUGAGAGCCUUGGAGGUGUUUGGAGAUGCAGGUUUCCCAUUUGGCCCGAGUGGAAUGACUCAGAAGUCAACCUGGAGAAAUGGGACUCAAGUAAAGGAGCUGAUGGAAACUCGAACAAGAGUCCCAAUGCUCAUUUUUUUGAAGAUCCUGAGGGAAAAAUAUCCCUGCCUCCAUCUGUGAAAGUGCACUCCUGGAAACGUCCUACAGAGUUUAUUGUCAAGGGUAUCACAGUUGUUGAGAAUCCAAUGACCUUUGAACUGAUCUCCCCAAAUGAUCAUCUGAUUUGCAGUGAGCUGAUGAGGUGGAUCAUCAGUGAGAUAUAUAUAGUUUGGACGCUGCAUAACAAUUCAGAUACAAAACAAGAUAUUUGGAGACCUUGGGAUCCCAUCUACUCGCUGUGUAAGGUGGGCAGAGGUCAUGUGCCACUCUACAACAACUAUGGAAAAUACCUGGUCAGACUCUACUGGAUGGGUUGUUGGAGGAAGAUAACAGUAGAUGAUUCAAUGCCAUUUGAUGAAGAAAACAACUUGCUUCUCCCAGCCUCCACCUGUCAGUCAGAGCUGUGGCCAAUGUUGUUGGCUAAGGCUCUCAUUAAGGUGGCCAACACAAAUGUAACGUCAGAGGCCAGCAGGGAGAUGGGUGAGUUCAGCUUUAUCCAAACCCUCACUGGCUGGAUCCCAGAAAUCCGUCCUUUAAGGUCCGUAAACCUGGGAAAAACCUGGGAUUUCUUACAAGAAACCCUUCCGAUAUUUACAUUACCGGAUGAGAGUUUGCCGGGGACGAAGCUUCAGACUGCAGAUUCAGCUGCAGGGAAAGAUUCUAGCUUUAAUGACAGCAAGAAUGAUCCCGCAGAGCAGGAGAAAAGUACCCCUGAGGUAGUGGUGUGUGCCAGCUACUACCCUUUACAGCCACAUCAUAAUUCCUUUGGGUUUGGACAAAUGGCUAAUUCCUCAGAGUGCCUUCGUCAGUACGGUCUCUCCUCGCUGUGCAGCCACAUCGUCUUGUUGACCAGAACCCGGGCUUGCCAGCUUGAGGCACCACCCAAACCUCCACCUGUACCACAAUGGAAACUCAUCCGUCCGCCGAAGGAGAUCAAUGUCACGGAUGAACCACGGAAGCUUUCUUUGUCCAAACCAGAGCAGUUCAUUGAGGUGGCCAGCCCUUUUCUCUCCUACAGUGUCAAGAGCAGCGCUGGCCCGAUCCUGGAGCUAGAGGCCAGGAGGAGCGCUCAGGGGAAACAAUCCCAUGGAUCCCCUCUGGUCUCCAUCGCUGAGAGAGAGGAGACUGAUUGCAGAGGAGGCCUUGAGCCUGACGCAGCUGAACGCACCACAAUCAAACCAAACAGCACAACAGGCAAAAUAGAGGUUACUGCAGAGGACAGGCAGAAGGACAACGAUGACAUAUCCAAUGAUCGACCCAAAACUGCAUUGGAGGAUCGUUUAACUGCGGACCCCACGACUCCCGUCAAUCCCAUCCUGCAGGAGACCUGGGUGGACCUGGAUGACUUUGCCAAAUGCUUUCAGACCCUCUUGGUUUUCCAUACACCACAAUGCUUCCCACAUCGGAUCCACAAAUCUAAUUUUAAGAGCACCGUCCUGCCCAAAACUGCAACAGGCACCAACUGUACUGGGUCAGCUACUAACAUCACUGGAUCCAUUCCUUUGAUAUCUGCUGUAGCAAGCCCUGAAAGUCCAGAGGUAAAAGGCACACACUACCUGUGUGUGGACAGCGUGCAGCAUCCCCAGAUCCACAUCAGCUUCUCUGCUCUGCUUCUCUGGGCGGAUACAGCCGAGGAGAAAAAAGAAGCAUCAGUAUGUAGGUCUGCAGUUCUCACCGCCCAGACCUACUCCUGGAAAAGCCUGCAGUCUGAGCUGCCAUUUCUCACUAUCAAGACCACCACCUCAAAAGCAGCCGUGCUUAACUUACCCCCGGGGCGCCAUGUGUUGUCCUUCCAGACAAAGGCAGCACUGGGUUACCACGUUCACCUGUACAGCAAGACACCUUUCAUCUUUGGGGAUGAAGAAACCAUCAUGUCAAACCUCACCAAGGAAAGUGCUCGUUUCAUAGAGCAGGCCUCCUCCAUCUUUAAGGCCCUCUCCAGAGUGGUGUCUUCCUUUAGCGAUGAGCAGGAUCAGCCAGCAGCCAGAAGAAACCUGGAAGAGACUCACUGUCCGCAGAACAUCAACACCAGCCUGGCGAAAGGGGAACACCAAGAGGUGUUUAACUUUGCAGUGUACAGCAUGCUGUGUGAGGCUCUGGGCAGGAAGCUGACAUCAGAAGAGCGCUUUGCUGUACUAGCUCUCACAGCUGACCCUUCACCUUUGGCAAUGGACCCCAAAGAACACUCUGAUACAUGUAAGUGCCAUUUGUUUGUUUCUGUGUAUUGUACAUCUGCAUACGUAAGUAUAUACUCAAAACUACAUUACACUGCUUUAAGUCAAUUUAAUUAGAUAUAAUUACUAUGGUUUCUACAUUAUUUCCUUCAUUUGACCACAUUCAACAAAAAGGCAGUCACAAUUAUUCAGGUUGGGUUUAAAGGACAUUUGGUUCGAGAAAUAAUAAACACCUCAGAACCAGGCAGGAAGGAGAACCUCAGUGCAUCUAAGAUCCUUUCAGACAUCUGGCCGAAGGUUGAAUCAGAUGCAGAAAAGCAUGCUGCCCUCUUGCUACGGUAUAUCAUUGACCGCUCUGAGAGUAAAGCAGAGCUCUACCCCUGUCAGCAGGAUGAAUGGACCAGAGUCUCCUUCGCUGAUUACUCUGUCCCUCUCCAAGACACAGCCAAUUCCUGGGUCUUGGUCUUUAGAGAGGUCUUCCUGGUUUCUAAAAAGAUGCUGCUGGUACCAAAGAUCUACUCCCCAAUCCCCAACUGUCUGCUGCACAUCAUAAAUAAUGACACAGGAGAGGAACUGGACACGCUCUUCAGCAAUGUAGCAGAACAUGUCUAUCAACCCAACAAGCUUGGUUAUACCUUUGUAGCAGAGGCUGUCACGCCUGAAUGCCCCCCUGUUGGUGCAAAGUGGAGGAUGCGCUUGAUUGGCUCAAGGGAACUCCUGCCAAAACUGUCUCAUGAGAAUCCACUCAACACAUUCUCGGUGAAGGAAUUGAGGGAUUAUUACAUUCCCAAUGAGAAGAACCUCAUAUGUCGUUACUUUGUGGAGGUGACAGCAGACGUUGUAGGGACUGUUCAGUUUCAGACUUCCAAGCCAGAUGUAUUGAUCCGACUGUCCAUCCUGGACCAGGAGAAUGAGAUGGCUAGCAACACUGGGAAGGGUCAUGUGUUAAUCCCUGUGUUCUGCUUCCUGGCUAACAAAGACACCCUCCAGCAGAGAGAUGAGGAGGACAAAACAGCUGGGAAUUCAGACUCCUCGUCUGACCAGCCUCCCACAGAGACUAUGAGUCAUAAGUAUGUGGUGCAGGCAGAGGUGCUUCAUAGCUGGGAUUUGGACGAAUCUCAGCUGGCUUUUGUCCAUAAACUCAGAGACUUGGAGAAUAAUGAAAUGAGAGAAUACCAGCCUGAGGACCUGAACCAAUCAUCCACCAACACAUCUGAAACACCCAAAGCCCAGCGCAAAGGAAAAGGUGACAAGGAGAAGGAGAAGGAAAAGGAAAAGGAAAAGGAAAAGGAAAAGGAGAAGGAGAAGGAGAAGGAGAAGGAGAAGGAGAAGGAGAAGGAGAAGGAGAAGGAGAAGGGGAAGGGGAAGGAGAAGGGGAAGGAGAAGGAGAAGCCAGCGACCAGCCCCAAAUCUGUCUCCAGACAAGAAACGAGCCUUGACCUGACUAAGGCCAACUGGACUCUGCGUGUGGUCAGUGAUACAGGCCAAUCGGAGAGCAUCAAGAUGACCAAGGACACAGAGAGGAGGGACUGGAUCAAAGCCACUAAAAAAGCCUGGGAGAUGGCUGAGGCAGGCCGCUGUGCCAGGGCAUUACAGUCUCGUCUCAAGUUUUGUAACCAACUCCAACAGCAAGCAGGUGAUGAAACUUCUACAGAUGACACAGAAAACGGAGAGCCAGCUGUGCACGAAUUUGGUCCUGACAUCUCUCUGAAUCCAUCUAAUAAAAAGCUGACCAACGCCUCAUGCUCCUGUCCGUCCACGGACUACACUCCUUUCAUCAGACGCCAAACGGAUUUUCCUGUUCUGAAGGACUCCCAAAUGGAGGAGAUCCAGCAGAGGGAGCGCUUAGAAAAGAUCCAGACUUACCGGUUGAUCCGAGACAAUGUGCUGGAGCACCAGAAACAGCAACAGCUCAACCGGAAGCAGCUGAGGACACACCACCCGGAGAUAUAUGAGAACGUGCAGCACUGUAAGAUAUUCCUCGAUGCUUGCGAGGCAUUAAGUAACCGUCAGAUGGCAAACAUUAAAAUGAAACAAGCAGCGAAACAAGCUCUGGAGGAGCCUGCCCCGCAGGCAGCUUUAGAAAAAACAACCCCCGACUCUGCUGCCACCCAGCAGCCCAACAAACUUGCCAAGAGUGCUGGCAAAAAGAAAUGAUGGUCAUUGGCAUCACUCUCAGCUCUCCUCAACAGACACUUCUCAACAAUACUGAAGAAUCCAAUCACAACAUCGUAGCCUGCGCCUGAUGAUAUAAUACCUCACUCAAAGAUUGUUCAAGCACCUGAUUCAGAGCUGCAAUUAACUCAUGCUUAUGACUUUAGACUCUUUUGAAAUAUGAAACUAAGAACUUUGAGAACAUUUAUUCUGUAUGACAGCUA